AUGUCAAUGCCCUGCAGUUUCAGUAAACCGGCGGGGCGACUGUCGCUCGGCUCUCUCGGCUAUAGCUUACUUAUUUCCCCUCGUUCUGGAUUAUUUCCCUUUUGUCGUCUUUUAUUUUUUUAUUUUUUGCCUUUGUCUCCAUUUUCCUUCCCCGUCGUCCCCCUUCUUUUUAUUUACUGUAGCCUCGUUUUGAUUUAUACUUUUCUUCGCUAUCUUUUACUUCUAGCGACCUUCUUCCGGUCUCCUCAUCAUCAUCAUCUUGACCCGCCUCGUUUUGAUUCAUUUCCUUUUCGUUUUCCUCUUUUCUCUUUUAAUUCCACCACAUAUUUAUUCUCCCAUUCGCUGUCUUUUUUAUUUCAUUUUUUUUUGUAUAUUUUUUCCUGUAUUUUCCUUUUCUCUCCUCCUCCUUCUCUUUCUUCUCCUCCUCCUCUCAACCUCGUUUUGACUCAUUUCCUUUCCACUCCAUUCUUUCACACUUACCACACUUCUUUUCCAUUUGAACCUUGCCAUUCGGCUAGUACUUUAUCCUUUGAUAGGUUUUCUCCCCUCUCUUCUCGUUUCUUUUACCCCACCCCGUUCUCCCCACUCCCUGCAAGACGCUCCCCACUCCUAUUCCUUUUUCCGACAGUCAGCACCAAAGAACGCUUAAAGAAAGGACCAACUAAAGUUACAAGAGUACAUCCUUUUUAUAUCCCUCUUUUUCUUUACCCACCUGAAAUAAAUAGAAAUAUGUAA